UUGCUCUUUAAAAAACUUGAUAGGAACAAGACAACAAGCAAAGAGAUUAUAUAUUGUUAAUCAUCAGAUAUCUGCAUCUGUGAUAUAGUUUAUACAUAUGGACGGUGAUCAAGAUGAAAUCACCCAGGGUGCUGCGUUUGUGGAUAAGCACAGGUGUGAACUCAUUAUGAGGAUCAACAUGGUAAUGCCCAUAGCAGAUUACCUGCUUGACAAGGGCAUGAUACAAGAGGAGGCUUACAAUAAAAUCCACAAAGAAAAGACCUCCCAGGAUCAAAUGAGAGAUUUGUACGACUGUUGUCGCUCUGGAGGAGCAAAAGUAAAAGCAGCCUUCUACAAGUGUCUGAAAAAAUAUCAACCACACCUUGUCCAAGAGCUGGAGGAGGAAUAUAAUGUUGGGAAAACCUCUUCCAGCCCGACUACAGCUGCUCCUACCAAUGUCACAUCCACAAGUCAGUGCAAUGACGAAACCGUGGCUCUUGCCCCUGCAGCCCUGCAUGUUGAGGAGAAAACACUUUCCUCCAUUCCAGCUCCAACUGCCUCUGUCAACUCUACUAACAUAGGACAGGACCAUGGUAACAAAACAACCAUUGAGACGAGACCAACUACAUCUUUGAUUUCCAGUUUUAAUGCUCCUGCCUGUGCUUCCAGAGCACAGAUGAAAACCACUGAAAAGAUACCAACAUCCAUAACUUCAAUGAAACGCAGGCCAGAGAUUGACAUAGAUCAGAUGCUGGGGGGAGAUCUACACAAGAAGCAUCAGGAUUUCAUGACCAACAGCAAUCUGUCCACACUAAGAGGGCGUGGCCUGUCAGGAAGUCAUACUUUUCUCUCCACUGAUCCCAUUGACUUGAAUGACAGACCAGAGAUUGGCAUAGAUCAGAUGCUGGGGGGAGAUCUACACAGCAAUCUAUCCACACUAAGAGGGCGUGGCCUGUCAAGAAGUCAUAAUCUUCUCUCCACUGAUCCAAUCGACUCCCUCCUCAAUCAAACAACACGAAAUCGUGUAAUGGAGCAUCAGAGCUUGAUGACCAGCAACAUCUUCCAUGACACUGAAAGUCAUUCAAUGCAAUCACUGUGUUUACCUCAGUCUACUCCAGGAAGUCUGCCAUCGUUACCCAAAAGGAUAUCAUCAUUUUUUAGGAAGGGUUGGGGGGAUUUCCACUAACCUCUCUACUCUUUCCAUUACCAAUAAGUUUAAUUCACUUACAUUCUCCUUGUUGGAGAACUGUGCAUUGAACUUACUACUAUUAUUAGAAAUAAUAGCUCAUUUGAAAAGUAAUGUGUUGGUUAUUUCCAUUGCAGUUUUAUUAAAGUAUAAUUCUACAAGAUUUAUACAGCUUCCUAUCAGCCUUUGAAAAUGAUGAUGUAAUAUACUUCUAUGCUGUAGGGACCUGCCUGUUGUUUUAAGGUGGCAUAUAGCCAGUCAAAAUAAAAUAUCUGUUCAAAGCCAUGCUUCAUUGUAACAAUAAAGUGCUAUAUGCACGUUCAUAAUUAUUCCAUGUAUUCUGUAUAACAUUUUUAUUAAAGGGA